CAGUGCACGAGCACUGAUGCCUGCAGACCAGACAGUGAGCUAGCAGAUUCUAAGCGUUUGAUUAACUAAAUCACUUUAUUAUAACAUUUUCCAUAAAUAGACUUUAUGGCGAAGCAAAGCAGCAUUUUCAAAUUUUUCAAUAAGUCUCCGCCACCGGUUCCGAAGGCGAAACCCUCGCCUGCAGAAGCGGACUUGCCAUCCUCGGUUCGAAAAAAGAACAACUCUCCAAAAGAAGAAGCUAAGCAUGCAUCUCAAACUCCGACCACCAAAAAGACUGCUGCAAAAGCGAUCAAAGGCGGAUUCGGCAAACUCUUUGGGAAUAAGACCCCAACAGUAAAGGAGAGUCCAGCACCAUGUCCAUUCAGUGCCGGAGCCUUGGUGUGGGCCAAGCUAGAAGGGCACCCCUGGUGGCCGUGUAUGGUAGUGCCCCAGCCCCUCGGCGGGCAGCAGAUGAGGGGCAGGGGUAAAAGCCAACGCCUGCAUGUCCACUUCUUCGACGAGCCGCCGACCAGGGGCUGGGUCAGCACCAAAUAUAUCCGCGAGUAUCAAGGCUCGGACAGCAGUGAUGCUAAGACGGGAGGGGUGUUCUUCAGUGGUAAGCCUGUGAUCCGCAGGGCCAUGGAGCUGGCUGAUGCUGCUAUGCCAGACAGCUCAGAGACCAGACUGAAGAUGCCUGUCUGUAUGGACCCAUCUGAUGCUGAGGAGGAGGAGGAGGAUAUGGAGCUUGAUAAGUCAGCACUGACUGACGAAGACUUGACUGAAGAGGAAGAUGAUGAGACAGUGAAGUCAAAGCCUAGUCGCCGUUCAUCCCGCACCACAGCAGAACAGGGCAGCAAGUCCAAGCGUCGCCGCAUUGUGGUCGCCUCCGACAGUGAAGACUCGGGUGAUGAAUUCAAACCAGAACAGGCCGGAGGUAGCAGUGAGGAAGAUGACGAGGAAGAGGAGGUAGUGAACAGUGCGUCGGAGGAGGAGGAAGAUGCAGAAAGUGAACACGAGGCUGAACCCGGUAGCCCAGUUAAACCGGUGAAACGCAAACGACCCGCAGAGAAGCCAUCCAGUGCCAAACCAAAACCCAAGAUUCCCACUCUUCCCGAACCCGCCAAGAGAGCCCCCGUAACUAGCACCAUCACAGCCGACACCAAGUCUCGACUCUCAGCCUUUUCGGCCCCGGAGAGCUUCGACAGCCAAGCGAUUGGCUCAGUUGCCGGCGGACAAGGUGGGGCUACGGUAUGGGACCAUGAGAAGCUUGAUUGGCUACAGGAAGGCCGGAGGAAAGACACCAAGAGACGGAGACAGUCUGAGGAAGACUACGACCCCACGACUCUCUACGUCCCAGAAGACUUCCUGAACAAAACGACCCCAGGCAUGCGGCGCUGGUGGCAGCUCAAGUCGGAGACGUUCGACGCCGUGCUCUUCUACAAGGUGGGUAAGUUCUAUGAGCUGUACCACAUGGACGCUGUGAUCGGUGUCAACGAGCUGGGUCUGACCUUCAUGAAGGGGGCCUGGGCCCACUCUGGCUUCCCCGAGAUUGGCUUUGGACGCUUCUCAGACGGACUGGUGCAGAAGGGAUACAAGGUGGCGCGAGUGGAGCAGACGGAGACUCCAGAUAUGAUGGAGGCUCGCUGUAAGACCAUGCUGAAGCCCACCAAAUUUGACCGGGUGGUGCAGCGCGAGGUGUGCCGAAUCAUCACACGGGGAACACAGACCUACAGCGUGUUGGACGGAGCCCCUUCUGAGACACAGAGCAAAUACCUCCUGAGCAUCAAGGAGAAGGCAGAGGAGGAGAGUUCAGGGCGCUGCAGGACCUAUGGGGUCAGCUUCGUAGAUACAUCUGUAGGGUACUUCCAUGUGGGCCAAUUCCAGGACGACCGACACUGCUCCCGGCUCCGCACCCUGGUGUCACAUUAUGCCCCCGCACAGGUGCUCUUCGAGAAGGGGAACCCUUCAGCCGAAACCCGUAAAAUCUUCAAGGCUUCUUUGUCCUCGGCUAUGCAGGAGGGGCUGACUGCAGGCUCCCAGUUCUGGGACGCUCAGAAGACCCUGAAGACCCUAGCUGAGGAAAACUACUUUAAGGAGAGCGUGGGGAAGGAUGAGGAGUCUGGGAGCAGUGUUCUCCCCUCUGUCCUCAAAUCCAUGACGUCUGAGAGCGACUCGUUGGGUCUGACCCCUAAGGAGGGUUAUGAGUUGGCCCUGUCGGCCCUGGGAGGGUGUAUUUUCUACCUGAAGAAAUGUCUGGUAGACCAGGAGCUGCUGUCCAUGACCAACUUCAAGGAAUACGUCCCGGUGGACGUGGAGAUGGAGAAGGCAGCUGGGCCGACCCACUUCUUCUCACAGACCCGUCAGCGUAUGGUCCUGGACGGGGUGACCCUAGCCAACCUGGAGAUCCUGCAGAAUGGUUCGGGGGGUACAGAGGGGACCCUGUUGGAACGCCUAGAUACCUGUAGUAGUCCAUUUGGUAAAAGGUUGCUGAAGCAAUGGCUCUGUUCCCCGCUCUGUAACCCCACAUCCAUAGGGGAGCGCCUGGAUGCCCUGGAGGACCUGAUGGGAGUGCAGGCCCAGGCUACGGAGGUCUCAGACCUGCUCAAGAAGCUCCCUGAUCUGGAGAGGCUCCUCAGUAAGAUCCACAGCAUCGGUACUCAGAAGGGUCAGGACCACCCGGACAGCAGGGCUGUUCUGUAUGAAGAGGUCACCUACAGUAAGAGAAAGAUUGCUGACUUCCUCUCGGCUCUGGAGGGCUUCAAGACCAUGCAGGAGAUUGUGUCCAUACUAGGACCGGUCGCGGUCGACUUCCGGUCCAGGCUACUGUGCCAGGUGGUCAACCUGAAGGAUGAUGGUCAGGAAGGCCUCUUCCCUGACCUGUCGGCCGAGCUGAAACGCUGGGACACAGCCUUCGACCACCAGAAGGCACGCACCACCGGAGUCAUCACCCCUAAGGCUGGCUUUGACCCAGAGUUUGACCAGGCUCUCAGUGGCAUCAAGACCUGUGAGAAGGACCUACAGGACUACCUUGACAGGCAGAAGAAGAGGCUGGGCUGCAGGAACCUGACCUACUGGGGGACGGGACGGAACCGCUUCCAGAUGGAAGUACCAGACAGCGUCUCAGAGAGGAACAUACCUGAGGAGUACAAGGUGAAGUCCACGAAGAAGGGCUGGAAGCGCUACUGGACGAGGGAGAUAGAGCGUCUGUUCUCAGAGCUACAGAAUCUCGAGGAGAAGAGAGACGCAGCUCUGAAGGACUGCAUGAGAAGACUCUUCUACAACUUUGACAAGAACUACAGGGACUGGCAGACUGGGGUGGAGUGCAUGGCUGUGCUAGAUGUGUUGCUGAGUCUGACACGGUACAGCCAGGGGGGAGACGGAGGACCAAUGACACGGCCUCAAGUACUACUUCCUGGUGACGUCAGCCAAUCAGCAGCCUUCCUGGACCUGAGGGGCUCCCGCCACCCCUGUGUCACCAAAACCUUCUUUGGUGAUGACUUCAUCCCUAACGACAUCGCUAUUGGCUGCCCUGGCGGCGAGGAGGGGCAGGAGGAUAAAGGACACGCCCCCUGCGUGCUGGUCACCGGGCCUAACAUGGGAGGAAAGUCUACUCUAAUGAGACAGUGUGGUCUGGUGGUGAUCUUGGCCCAGUUGGGUUGCUAUGUUCCUGCUGAGAGCCUGUCCUUCACACCUGUGGACAGAGUCUUCACCCGCUUGGGAGCAUCUGACCGUAUCAUGGCUGGGGAGAGCACCUUCUUUGUAGAGCUGAGUGAGACUGCUAGUAUCCUCCAUCAUGGGACCAAGCACUCCCUGGUGCUGUUGGAUGAACUGGGAAGGGGCACCGCCACAUAUGACGGCACAGCGAUAGCCAGUGCUGUGGUGAACGAGCUGGCAGAGAGGAUCUGCUGUCGGACCCUCUUCUCUACACAUUACCACUCCCUAGUAGAAGACUACACCAACAACCCUGCUGUACGGCUCGGACACAUGGCCUGUAUGGUGGAGAAUGAGGGAGAUGAGGACCCUAGUCAGGAGACCAUCACCUUCCUCUACAAGUUCAUUGCGGGAGCGUGUCCUAAAAGCUAUGGUUUCAACGCUGCUCGCCUCGCCAACCUGCCUGAGGAUGUUAUCCAAUCCGGCCACAGGAAGGCCAAGGAGUUUGAGAGGAGCACCAUCUCCCUACGAGUCUUCAAGAAGCUGUGUUUGUAUGCUGAAGACCCCACAGCAGCCAGCACACAGUUUGCCUUGCUGGUCCGGAUGAUCGGCAACCUGUGAAGAUAAGGCUGUUUCGUUGUUGGGGCCUGUUCAAGAGAACGUUACACAACAUUCAGAUAAAAAAUGUAUCGAGUAGAACAGAAAUGAUUGUCAGAAUAGGAAAGUGUCAGCUCUAUUCAUUCUAUCUGCAACAUUUAAAACCUUUCACAUUCUUGAAUCCAUGUUUCGUUGUUUGUAGUUCUCUACUUGUUCUCCACUUUCCACCAUCAUAAAUCACUACUGUAUGAUCUAAUAAAGUUUAUUAAAAAAAAGACCACUUUUCUCUAUCUAGGAAAUUAAACCCUUUUAAUUAACACUAGCAUCUACAAAAUGAUUAUUGAAUACUCCACAAUAUAUUAAGUCUAGAUGUUAUGGUACAUGCAUACAAUUCAGGCUGUUUGAGAACCCACAGUCACCAAAACACAUGGAUGGGAAAGCAAUGAAAACCAUAUACUGCUGUUAUAUACUUAAAUGUCUCAGCUUUAUGUUCAGUAGAGCAAGAGCUUUACUUUAGAAAAAUAUCUCCGGCAAUGCUUUACUCCAAUGUGAAAAUAUUUGCGCUAGCCUGGUCCCAGAUCUGUUUGUGUGGCAUUGCGGGAAACGAGUUUGCAAGACGGCACAAACAGAUCUGGGACCAGGCUAGAAAAGCGCCAUGUUAACCAGGACAGCCUGGGCCUUGGAGCCUAACUAGACAGCUGUGAGUUCACAAGACUUGGGGCUGGAUUCAAUCCGUAUCGCAGAAGAUCUGCAUUAUAGUUCGAUUGAAAUUUAAAGGCAAUGUUCCUACGUUCGGCGACGUCAUUGACGGUAAAUCGGAAAUUACCUUUACAUUAUAACGCGGAAGGUACGGAUUGAAUCCAGCCCUUAAUACUUGUCAUUUAUACUGAUGUUUACCUCCAGUAUGGUCCAAAUAAUAGGAAGUCUGUAGGGAAGCAUUCAUGGUUCCUUAACUCCAGUGCGGACAAAUAUUGCAGACAAAUAAAAAGGUGUUUGGGUGUUCAAAGAGUCAAAACAAAACUGGCGACAGUUCUAAAAGCUUUUAACAAGACCACUGUAUUUUUUGCACCUUUUCUAUCAAGUCUCAUUUAAAAUAGUCAACAUUGCUGGAGAAAAUGUUGCUUUCUCUUUCACAGAAAGAAUGUAGAUACGUACACUUACAGCAAGUCUGGGGGGAUGGGUAAUAACCCAAAAAACAAAAUUAAUAUAUUUAAUAAAAUAAGACAUUCAAGUACAGUAACAUUUUUGCAUGAAAAUACAAAACUACAUGAGAAAAGCAUUUAAAAUAUUUUUCUUAAAAAAAAAACACUGAAGUGCUAGGACAUAUUCUUCUGUAACCAUACAUACACCAGCACAAUGGUUUGUUGCUGGAGACAGAAACAGUGUGUGGCGAGACUGCCUCCUCCGCCUGAGGAACUAGUUCCUCGUAUGGCUCUGAGCGUUGCAAUGCCGUUAUGCCACCAUCAAUGGCUCUGUACAAUAACUGCAGUCUGACUUCACUUGCCCACUUCGCAAAGGCAGGCAAGGAGAUCCAUUAUAAUGAUGGCUAGUGCCCAUCCAUCUCUCCACAGCUCCACUAUAAAAGCUGCAAUGCUUCCCAUGAAUUCUCCAACCUGAGUCAAUAUCUGUCUGAAAUGGCACCCUAUUGCCUUCAUAGGGCACUACUUUUGACUAGGUCUAUGCCUAUGAAGGGAA